AGGAGGACAUUUUAAUAAAACGUUUCCGGAAUACAUGGGUUAAAAUUAAUCCUGUUAUAGUAUUGGAAGAUUAUUUCAUGAAGCAGUUUAUUGGAUACCAUGAUAAUGGUAUUUGUGGUUUAAUAAAUAAGUGUUCAAUCUUGAAGUUUGAGUGCAGUCUUUGUUUGCAUGUAUAUUGUGUUGGAUAUUUCUUUGUUGAAUUGAGCUAGAGCAAGAAGAAGUUUGAGAUAUUUAUGUUAAGUUUUAAGCAUGCGUGAGUCACGUGGUGUUUGGUUGUGUUUUCUUUUACCGUACCUUAACACAUGUUUAUACUGAUAUACAGCGUAUUAAAAUCUUUCAAAUAAAAUUCUGCUAAAAUAAAAACAUUCGGGGGAAAAGUCCCUUUAAGCAAUAUUAUGCCCACGCGCAUCAAGGACGAUUGUCCGCAAAUCCACUGUCGUUUCAAACACCACGUGAUGUAUCACAUGUUAUACGUCAUUGCGGAUGUGCGACUCAUUCUCUCUUAAACUGUGAUGGUGAAUCGUUAAUAGAAAAUGGCUUUCAAUAUUUAUCGGAGCGGAAUGAUUCAGUUACUAAUUCGAACGUGUGACAUUUAAUGUUAUAUUGAUCAACGUGUAUUACUUCUGACGUUGAUUACUUUUGAAAUCCGUUCAACAAACAAGAGCACAGGUAUUGAAAAUCAGCACAAUGAGGCAGGACCUGCAGCAGAAAAUAACUAAAAACUUGCGAGCAAUAAAAAAGGAUUUUGAUGCAAAAGAUCUUCUUGAUAUUUUUAUUGAGAAAAAUGUCUUCAAAUUCAGCGAUAAAGAUGAAAUCACGGGAUUCAAUCCCAAUACUCAAGAAAGUAGAAAUAAUUGCUUUAUUAAAAAACUGCUACAGAAAGACGAUUAUGCAUACGCUCUAUUCAUAGAUGCAUUGAAAGAAAAUGGGUCUCAACACUUAGCGGACCUGCUUGAAAAUACCAAUGUCGAUUCACAAAAUCCAGAGGCAGGUGUGCUUGAUGAGACAGCCACAGGAAAACAACACACACAAUCGGUCCCAGGAGGCGGCUGUAACACAAUAGGAGAGAAAACCAGUGGUGUUAAGACAAAUUAUAAUGGGGAUAACUAUUCGCAAGUCAAAGAAAUGCUAUUAGAUUUGAUGAUUAAACGUUACGAAAACACACUUAGUACCAUCAAAAUCGCGCCAUUGAAUGACGUUAUCCACGCUAGGGUAGAUGAUAUUUACAUGCCACCAAAAUUGCAGCUGAUGAAAAAAAACAAGGGGGCCUUCGAAAAAACUGAAAUACCAAUUACGAAAUACAGCAAAGUGUUUUUAAAGGAUAGUAAAUACAACCGAAACAUGUUCAUUCAAGGCGAGGCAGGGUCUGGCAAAUCCACGUUUCUCGCCAAAUUAGUUAGAGACUGGUGUAGUAAAAAUAUUAAAACAUCAGGUAAACAGAUCCAAACGGGCGAACAUAACACUGCCGAUGCUAAUGCUCGAUUGAGACCCUCUGAUUUCUUUGAAGAUGUAAAGACCCUGAAAGAGUACAAGUUCGUCUUCUAUGUCGCUUUAAGGGAUUCAGUUAAUGAGAUAAACAUUUUAGAGAUGCUUAAAAAACAAAUAAUUGACGAAAUUUACGGCGAUAAGGAUGGACGCGAAAAUGCAUACCGACUACUGAAUGAUAUCAUGAAAAAUGAACGCUGCUUGAUAUUACUGGAUGGUCUAGAUGAGUGGACCUGCAACGAAGAUCGCAGUCUACCGGUAUUGGCUGAAAUUUACAGUCAGUGUAAUCUGUUGAUUACAACUCGACCUUGGAAAAUGACAGCAGAACCGAUGAUACCUGAUGCGAAGAUUGACACGAUGCUUCAACUGGAAGGAGUUAACGAUCCUUUUGAGUUGUGCAGAAGACUGCUGGACCGUAUUGAUUAUUGUAAAGAUAGUAAUGAUUUGGACACAAAACAAUCUAAAUUUAAAGCGUACAUAUUAAAGAAUGACUUGAUGAAGUUUUUGAUUUCACCAAUGCUGUUGCAGUUGAUUGUGCAUUCGUGGGUUGAAGGGACUGAAAUGAACGGCUCCAUGUGUGAAAUAUACAGCCUCUUUCUAGAUAGUCUUCUUAAGAAGGCAAACAAGAAGAAAAGAAAAUUUCCAUCACCAUCCUUCCAGUGCUUCAAAGACACUGAACACAUACGGCCCAAUAGUGAAAACGUGAAUCGUCUUGCUGAAGCGGCAUUCCAUUUGUUGUUUUCAAAUACCAGAGACAGUUCACUAGUGUUUCGCGAUACAGAUUUGGAGCGAUUUGGGUUAGAUGAAGGAGAACGAAAGGAGUUCGCAUUAAAAUCCGGUAUUUUAACGGCAACACCAAAUCCGUCUGUAAAGCGAUCAUCUUCUUCAUUUUCCUUCUUCCACAAGAGCAUACAGGAAUUCCUCGCUGCUUAUUAUAUCGCCUACAAUACCCAUCUUAUUGAUGAAAUCAUUUCCGGAUAUCUCAACCGUUACAAGGAUGCAUAUAUGGACAUUUCACAGGUGUUUAUAUUCCUUUGUGGACUGGAAAUAUCGGCUGCGGAUAAGCUUUCUAGCAUGAUGAAUGAACGCGAUGUUGAUUCGUGUAAUUAUACGUUUCCAAACAUCAUACUGUCAGGAUACAGAGAAGCUGUAGCGAAUAAACAUGAUGACAGUAAACUCAAACUCAGUCACUUUACGUUCACCACACCUGUCACCGAAAUAGGGGACCUCCACAACAUCUGGACAAACAACACAGCUCAUGUUCUGUCCUUUCGUCUAUUCAUCGAGGGAGGAAGUCAGAGUUCCCCUGAAAAAGGCGAUUCUGCAACUCAUGAGUUUGAUCUGUCAUCGUGUAGCAAGCUGAAUAGAUUGGCCUUACAGGGGCAAGAAAUAUGGCUAAAAGAUUUUGCAUGUUCAACUAUAUCGGAACAUCCGGUCUGGAUUGUUCUAAACAGUGCAGACCCUCUACCAGUACUACCAUGCAUAAACUGUAUUAACUUGAUGAACGUAACAAUUUCCUCUCGAUGUCUACGCAGUCUGCUCAGCUCUCUGCUGACACUCGAUCAUAAGGUUACGUGUAGGCUGCGUAAUUGUAGCAUACCAUCGAGUGUACAGGGAUCAGAUUCAUAUACUGACGUAAGAUUGGAGUUUUUAAACAAUACAUUAGUUAUGACAAUUCUGAAAGACAGUCCCCUUCUGUGGGAUUCGCUUCAUAGUCUCAAUAUCAAGAGUCUCAGUCUUAGUGACUGUACGACAUAUGAUGAGCCGGUGAAAGAUGGGGAGCUGUUGUCGCAGUCACUAUCAUCGCUCACACAUCUGGAAACGCUUACAAUUCAAUUGCGUAAAUAUAUCUUCAUACAGCCACCUCAAUCAUUGAAGAAUUUGAGUAUGUACUUUAGAACAUUGCUUCCAUCUCAAUUACGUGAACUUAUGGACACACUGCGCGCAUGUACUCAGACAAUUGAGAGUAGGCUUGAAUUCGGCUGUGCGAUUUUAACUUGUGCCGAUGAUAAUGAUGAUGUUUCUGAUCGUGAUCAUGUGAUUAUCGUCAUUAAUCAUGGUAAGGAACGCAUAAAGCAAAUCGCACUGGAGGAGUACAUUCCCAUGGUACAGAAAUUGGAGACGCUGACGAAUGUUGCAGUGAAACGUUUCCGAGUAUUAGACCGGACAUGUCAACACAAAAGGCCGUCUUGUAAUGAUUCUUGCUGGUCUGUUCGUAGCAAUGGUGAUGUCGAUGACGAAAAUCAAGAUGGGGAUAUCGUCUUAGAUAAGCUAUAUACAGCGUUCCUUAUACUUCUGAAUGAUGAAAUCAUUCAUCGAAUAUCAAUGCGACUUCUUAUUACCCCAGCCUCGGCAUCAACAGUAAGCAAUCAAUACGGCUGCAACACAUGAUUAUACUAUGAACAGUUGUAUUUUUAAUGUCUGGAAACUUUUGUGCAAAUAAUAAUAUAUCUCACUUGGAUAGCAUAUAUUGAUCGUUAUAUUUUUAUAUAAUUUUUUUUUCUUGUAAAUGUUAUUGUAAACAGAUUGUAUUGAAUACGUGUCGUUUUACCAUGUUUAAUGUCUAUGCAAGAACCAUUCAGUGGAUGCAUUGUUUUUAGUUGGCGUUUAACCCAUUUAUGCCUUGCGUCUAGAAAAUAGUCCUUGCCGAACAGCGCAGACCCAGAUCAGACGCCGCAUAAUGCGGCGUCUCAUCAGGGUCUGCGCUAUUUGCUUAAAGGAAUUUCUGUCAGAAAUAUUCUAAAUAUAGAAAAAAAUAUACUAGACAUCCCUAAUUUUGGAAAUAAAUUGAUUAAAUUUCGAAGGAUGGGAGAGCCCACUAGGCUAAAAUGGGUUAACAGCGAGAAAUGUAUGUACACGUUUCGGACAUUCUCUAUAACUUU